UGAACAUGAUCCUAAUCGCACGUCUCCUCCUCCCUUAAAACACCUCCUCACUAUAAUCUUCUCUACUUUCUCUCUCUAAACUUUUAACAAACAUUCGAUCCCAUCAUCUCCGAUUCAAAGCCAUGGCUCGUACGAAGCAGACUGCGAGGAAAUCCACCGGAGGGAAAGCUCCGAGGAAGCAACUCGCCACCAAGGCUGCGAGGAAAUCAGCACCGACCACCGGAGGAGUCAAGAAGCCUCACCGUUACCGUCCCGGAACCGUCGCUCUCCGUGAGAUUCGUAAGUACCAGAAGAGCACUGAGCUACUGAUCCGUAAACUUCCUUUCCAGCGUCUUGUUCGUGAAAUCGCCCAGGAUUUCAAGACGGAUCUGAGAUUCCAGAGCCACGCAGUGUUGGCACUUCAGGAAGCUGCGGAGGCGUACUUGGUGGGUUUGUUCGAAGACACGAAUCUGUGUGCCAUUCACGCCAAGAGAGUCACCAUCAUGCCCAAAGACAUUCAAUUGGCUAGGCGCAUUCGUGGAGAGCGUGCUUAGAUUCCUAUAAUUCAUUUCAUGUCAUUGUCUAGCUUUUAACCACAAUGGUGCUUGUUAAACACUCUUUGAAUCAAGAACAUGUAUGAGUUUCAGAAGCUACUUAUUACCUAUUAAGCUAAUUGAGAAAUCUUUUUCUUACAACAA